AGUAAUGGCUCACAUGUUUGUACAGUUUUUACAGUGCAAUAGAAGCCUAUCUUGUGUAAAUUUCAACAAUACAUGUAUAAACGUAUCUCAGGAAAAUCUGAAUUUAAUGGUGCAAUUUACAGAUAUUUUUGCUAAGAGCAAUAUACAGUCAAUAACAACACCUACUGUAUGUAGCUGGUGGCGUUGGGAUGUUUGUAAGGUACUGGUAGAUGCACCAAAACUUGCUUAUCUAAAAAUAGAAGGCCCAGGAAAUAUUGCAAAUAUACAAGACUUUGUUAGAAUUGUAAACAACUGCAAGCACCUAAAGACAUUGUCUAUACAGGAAAUAGAUCUAGUUGAAGUGGGCAAAGAUUUGCUGACGGUGAUAUUGACAUCAGAGAAUUCUUGUGUGAACAAUCUUGACCUUAGGUUCUGCAGUAUUCAAGGAGACGAUAUUGUUACGGCUGCCGAAACCUCUUUAGAGACCCGCCAUCGUACUCGUAAACUUCAUAUUCUUGAUAUGAGCAUGAACAAAAUAAACAGAUUGCAGCAGACGACAAUCAAAAGACUUUAUAAAUCAUUGACAGAUAUUUUGAUUGUUGAUAUACCAGAUAGACCGCAGAUGGAGUUUGUUGCACAAAUGUGAAAUAUGUCUAAAAUUGAAAAAUAAAAUAUACUG